AUGGAGCAGAUAUCACAGGCAAACUCGGAUCCUGGAAAAAUGGAAUUUAUCAAGGGAGGCCCGUUACAACAGCUUCCUCUCCCACCCGAACUCGCACCUUGGGAAAAUCAUGCUCUCGAGGCGCUUGAGAGGGGACUUGUUUGCAGACUUGACAUUUGCUUACUACCUGCUGUGAUUAUACUCUUCUUGAUGAACAUACUUGAUCGAAACAAUAUUGCGAAUGCCAAAGUUGCUGGGUUACCCGAUACUCUUGGCAUAUCAAACACUCAAUACAACACUUGUCUCAUGAUUUUCUAUCUUCCGUCAAAUCUUGUGAUUACUCGAGUUCAACCAUCGGUGUACAUUGGCGUUGUUACCGCAGGAUGGGGUGUGGUCUCCAUGUGCCAGGCUUUCACACAAAACUUCACUGGGCUCUUCAUUUGUCGAUUUAUUCUAGGGUUGGUAGAAGGACCGUUCCUGCCGGGAGUUUUCUUCUUGAUGUCAUGUUGGUAUAAAAGAUCAGAAUUACCUCCGCGAAUUGCUCUUCUUUAUGGUGCGAAUAUGCUGGCCAGCGCUUUUGGCGGCCUUAUUGCGGCAGGGAUCGUUGCGCGCAUGGAAGGCAAAAUGGGAAGACCGGCAUGGGAAUGGCUUUUUAUUAUUGAAGGGUCUAUGACUAUUGCAAUUGCAUUACUCGUCAUUCCAUUCAUUCCCGAUUACCCAGGAUCUACAAAGCGGCGGUGGAUUACGCAUCAACAUCAACUUCUUGCCACCACUUAUCCUAAUUAUGCACCAAUUCUUUACAAAAGGCUAACUAUGAGGCAGGACUGGCGGCUACGGAAUGAAAAUGCAGGUCUUAUCGACGAUGACCCGGAUUCCACUCUGUGGGGUGUUAAACAAGCAUUCAUGGAUCCUAAGCUGUACAUGUUCGUUGGUCUUCAAAUGGCUCUUAUUACGGCACAAUCCUUCAAUAACUUCUUCCCUUCCAUCGUCGGCACUCUAGGGUACAAUGAUACAAUCACACUCCUACUCACGUCCCCACCAUAUGCCUUUGCAUUUUUAUGUUCAUUGGCAAUCUCAUUCCAUGCGGCUCACAAGCAAGAAAGAGGAUUUCACAUUGCAGUUCCCUUGCUUUUUGCACUCCUGGGUAAUUUAAUGGCUAUGUUCAUACCAACCACUGGGGGCAGAUACUUCAGCAUGUUCCUUAUGACGGCUGGCUCAUAUUCACCAUAUAACCUAUGUGUUUCUUGGUUGAGCUCUUCACUGCCACGGCCUAAAACAAAACGCGCUACCUCACUGGCAUUUGUCAAUUUAAUGGGGGCUGGUGUCGCCCAUUUCUAUACUUCAUAUAUGUUUCCGGAUUCCCAGAAGCCCCGGUACUAUGCUGGCGGUGGGGUUAUGAGCGGUGCUUGCCUAUUCUGCGCUAUAAUGGCUCUCGGUAUCAAGUGGCACCUGAAGCGUGAGAAUUCCAGGAUAGAGAAAGCUGAAUUGGAGGAAGGGACUUUCGUAGGCUCGGCGAUUGCAGGAUCAAAGACUGGACUUCAGGCAGAUGGGGUUGUGUCUUUCCGAUAUGUGCACUAA